UCACUUCAGAGCCACAAACUGUCAAAGUUUCGCUUCGAAGUAAUAGCCUGAAAACUCUCACGAGGAUACCAGAACUCACAGAAACUUUACCUCUUUUUCGUAUAUUGCAGCAGCAAUAUAUAGCCAAUUUUUGCUCUCCACUCUUCAAGACGUCAAAACAAGAGAAAAUGAAAGUUGUCGGAUCUACCUGCACCCUCAAGAACACCGAGGACAUGGUCCGGUGUCUCUCCGAACAGAGUAUGGCCAUCUCCAAGUGCAAGAUUCCACUGCUGGACGAGCAGAUGAGUGUAUUUCUGCAGGACAUGAACAGUUGCUACAGCAAGCUGAAGGAGCUGGUGCCCACUCUGCCAGCCAACAAAAAAGCCAGUAAGAUGGAGAUUCUACAACAUGUCAUCGACUAUAUCUGGGACCUACAGGUCGAGCUGGACGCCCCGGGCAAACAGCAGGCUGCAGAUACACCCCGGACCCCUCUGACAACCCACAAUGCAGAAAUUGCCAGUAUCUCCGCUGAGAACGGAUGCUCUGAUGACAGAAUUCUCUGCCGCUGAUCAAGCAACAGAUAUAACCAUUAGCAGAAGCAACAUGAAGAACGAUGUUGGCCAGCCAUGGAUACCUUUCGUCGCAUCUUAUGUCUUGCAUCAAGCAGUGGAGCGACGUGAAAGUCCAUGAUGUGCGUAGAUAAACAUUCUGAGUUGAAACUACGAAGUGUCAGGUCAGGGGAGUUGUCCCCACGCAGCCACAGGUGUCCUGCUGUCACCAAGAAGAGCGGCGCGCGCCGUGAAGACAAGUGUGCUGGUCGAACAGAGACUGAGGAUGACCAUCAACAACACGACGAGCUCUCUUAGAUGUUGAUACAUGUUGGACUUUACGUAAAAGAAUCUUUCAGUCCUGAUUCUCUUUUCUGUAUUUUCAGCAAUUUAUAUGUAGAAAAGAUUUAUAUUUUAAAAUGUCAAUUUCUCAGAUUACUGAGCUAUAUUUGUAUUGUAUAUUACAAUGAUUCAGAUGUGAUCCCCAAUAUUGUUUUUAUAACAAUGUACUUCUGGUGUUUUUAUUAAAACAGAUAUGUUAGGUGAGAAUAAUGCCUUCACUUUUCUUCA